CAGCGGCGGAAUGGGCGGCUGCGGGUUCGACCAGGUCUCAGGAGGAGCCUACGGGGGUGGCACCCCACUCUCCAUGCUGCAGCUACCACCCUCCGCCCACGCCGAACUCAACGCACACCUGGGGUCCUCAGGGUCAUCCGGGGCGAGCUUCACGCUGGACGGCGGACAGGCGAGCGACGCGGGCGAGGCGGCCGAGCACGCUGAGGGGGAGGUAGGGUGGGUGUGCAAAUCUUGCCGCCUCGUAUUCCCCUCGCCCGCCCUCCUGGCCGCCCACCAACGCGCCCAUGAUCACACUCGCGGAGUUCUCAGGCUGACGCAGCUGCUGUACGCCUGUACUGCGUGCCGUCACCACGCCGCCACCCUGGCCGACUACCGCCGCCACCUGGACAGCGAACAACAUCGCAGCGCCGUGGUGAGCUCUGCAGGCAGCGCCGUGGUAGAGGACGCGGAGGUAGCGGCGGUAGUGCGACAGAUCACUGCCCUAGCACAGGCGGCGCACCCUGGCACUGAUACCAACGCCAACAUCAACAAGGACACUGCCUCCUCAACCCCUGGGCCACAGCCGGCCCCCAGCCAGUAGAGUGGAGCAUUUAUGGCCCACUGGGCCAUCUGGCUGCUACCUUCAGUGAUUAGCGCGGCCCCCGGGCCUUCUGGACCAGGCCUACCAUGGCCUGGGCCGCCUCGCCCCUCCUCGCAGGCCGGGCUUCGUGCCCUGCCCACUUAACGCCUCGCAGUAAACGCCCCCGCGGCGGCGCCCCACAAACUGUGUCGCGUGUCGCUGUGGCCUCGCCGCUCCUGUGUCCGUGUAGACGUUGUCGUGUUGUAGCUAGCGGUCACCAGGCGCCGCACACUGCCCCGCCCGCGCAGCCCUAACUACCAUGCCCACACGCCCCAUGCUGUUGCUCUGUAACCCGCAGGGCCUUUUCUGUGGCCGUACUGCACGUGUGAGGUGUGGGCGUGUCAGCAGGUGGUAGGCGCCGGCGGAAGCACUCAUUCAUACAAUCACUGAUCCUGUGGGUAAAUGGUUCCUAUCGUAGGUUUAUCGUGGCCAGUACUAUGUUCCUGUAGCGAUAGUGCGACCCUGUGCUGCCCGGGUUGACGGCCACUUCUUCACGUUGUCUUCGGCGACCCUGGGAACGGCUCCGGUCUCUCACCUCAAGGGAACGCAAUGAGCGGCGGAGGACUUAUGUUGUCAAGGUGAUAAUCCUGAGACCUUAGGAUAAGGAAACCUCGCAAGAUUCUUCAAGUAUAACCCCCUUACCAUCUGCACACUAGAUUCUCCUCCAUGGGAUACAUAUACACAAGUGCAUCUUGGAACUAUUAGAAAAAUUAUAUUAUUCACGUCCCCCACGUACAUGUAAGCCGUCAUCUUGUAUUGGGAGGGUUAUAUAACUAAAAUUACACCAGUUCACACAAAUAUCAGUGAUACCUAGUGCUGGUAUCAGAGAAUAGUAACUUUAAAUUUAGUUUUAUCUGAUACAGGCUCUUAUCUGUUCACUAAACGAAAAAAAAAUAACCUUUUUCAAGUGAUGCGGAAGGCUUAGACUCCGCUGACGACCUCAACGCAUGUACAGAACGGCUACAGGCUGAAGGGAGAGAUGAGCAGUGGGCAGAGAUCAGUAGGAGCAACAUUAAUUAGUGUACUAAUGCCAGGCUCUUGGCAUUUCUGGUGGGCACCUUGGUACUGCUAGCUGGCCUUCAGAGGUCCUCGAUGCUUACAUGUAAUGAAACAUUUCCGUAACUGUUAAUCAUUUUCUAAAGCCUUGUUGUGUGUGCCGGACUGGUCACCAGGGGCAGAUGAUAAAUUAUUAUUUUAUUAAGGAAACUUGCUUAAACUAAACCCGUAAAAUAAUAACGACAUUUGAUUCAUCUUGUGGUUUUCAAGUCUGAUAUUCUUGAACAAUUUCUUAAAUACAGUGCUACUAAAAUCCUUGGAUCAAUCAGCUUGUGUUAUGAAUCAGGGAAUGUGGGAUGAAACACUGGUCCAGAAGAAGUCUUCAUGUCUGGGAGAAACCUUGUAACAAAGGCUUGUCUAAAAUUGGCAUUGGCUCUCCCAAAUCUAAAUUAUUGUAAGUAAAAAAACUUCUAAAACAAAUUGGAAUUUAACAGUAUACAAAACAGAGUCUAAACUUGAUACUCGUAUGUGAGUAAUAAUUUUAUCAAAUCUUUCAAAUGUUACCUUUGAAAUGUUACUUUUGAAAUUGUUCAAGAUUGGAAGUUGGAUGCUAUUUUUUUUUUAAUAAUUAUAAACAAGGCAAAUUUAUUGAUGACGGGGAAGAGCAUCCUGGAGCCGAGGACGGGCAGCGGUAGCAGGGCGUCUGGCCUAUCACCGGGGUACUAUGAGUGUGCUAUUGUUGUGAUGGUUCGUGAAAGACCGGGUUAAAUGGGCACUGACACCGAUCACCCGCCAGCGGUAACCGCAUGCAAACUACCGAACUACCUCUCAAUUGUUAAGAAUCCUUAGACCGGUUCCAUAGUUCCUAUCAAUGGUUGUGAUGUGAUCGGCAAUUGUUAGUCUUUAAAUGGGGUUUGAUAAGGGUAAUUUUUUUUGUUAUUACUAUAGAUAGAAAUGAGAGUAAAUGCUAGAAGGCUCAACUCGCUGAUCCGUCACUUGCUAGAGGGAAAGGUCAAGAGCAAUACAAAGUGUAGCUGGAGGUGUGUGGUGGCUGGUCGACUCCUCGAGGGCCAAGGCCACUCACAGCACCAGACUACACACAUUCUGUGACCAAGUUCUCCAUAUAUAAUAAUUCCGUUAUCACAAAGCACUACAGAGUUGUAACACUAACCGUCAUGAGGAUCUAGUCUCCUCCAAUUGUCUUAGUCCGUAACAGUAGAUACGUGGCCUUAGGGUCUUAAUCAACAUACCAGUCCAGGGAAGGAAUUGGCUGUAGAUAAGGGCUAUGUACUGUAUCAGCAGUAUGUACUGUAGAUAGGUACUAUGUGAAAGUGUUGUAAUAUUUACCUCCCCAGGUGUACUGGUGUGCUGUUUAAAGAGCCACGAGGUCACGCCACUUAACACAUGUUUUCAAAGUACUACAGACUGCCUGGGGACGCUGGACUAGCAGCCUGACACACACCUCUUGGUCACACAGGCAUUUGUGAAACCUUGCAAGUUUAUCAUGAUUUACGGUAAUCCUGGGCUAUGACUUCCCAGAGAUUAUAAUGGAUUAUGGUGUUGAGGGUGUGAAACGCCUUAGAAAUCAUUCAGUAUAGUCAGUAUUUCCAACCUUGUAUUUUACUAAACAAUUCAAUUAUUAGCCUUGAAUUACCUGUGAUUUCUCAGGUUGAUGUUGGUUUAAAGUUGAAACGUAAUAGUUCCCCUUGUGAUCUAAAUCUAGGGGAAGUGAUAAAGCAGCCAUGGGUAGUGUGUCAGGUGAGGCCCGGUGCUACCCAUGAGCGCAGGUGCGCCCAGUACCCUGCGCAGGUGCGGCUGGGCUGUGCACGGGCGGUGCGGUGUUGGUGCCCUGGGACGCUGGUUCCCGUGUUCAGGGGGGCCCGGCUACGCCUUCCGGAGGCUGGCCCGGGCACCCACCUGCAGUAGGCUAGUUAGGAUUAGCUUCUUAUAUUCGACAAACUAUCAGUAACUACAAUUUGCUGUCGACCUUUUCUCCAUGUUGUAGCGGAACUUAACGAUUUUCGUCACUAGAGGAGUUAUAAUUCUUUAAUGUUUUGUUAGUGCCGUGGUAGUUAGCUCGCUUGACAGGUGUAAGUCCUAACAACACAAAAUAACCAGGUUGAAUAUGUUUAUACUUUACUCUUAAGUAAAUAAAGAACGCUGCCACCAUGUCUACUGCAGGCUAGUAGGCGGCGUUGCCAGUCCCAUGUUGCCGGGUCUGCUGGCCACGCGGGCGGGU